UCUCUCUGGUUAGUACAAGAACUGGAGGAAAUCAGAAGCAACUGCAAUGGAUUCUCCUCGCAUUCCACCAGCAUUCUUCACUGUGUUGCUGUUUGUGUCUCUGCAGACACUGGGUUGUGCAAAGCAGGACUGUUCUGGCCCCACUGGACGAUCAUUCAAUGUCUACAAGUGCAAUGGAACUUCAUUUCUGGAGGAAUCGGCUAAGGAGCACCUGGAGGGCCCUUCCUCCUCGCUGCUGAUCCCCUUUCUUUACCUGGUGGUGAUCUUCAUUGGACUCCCUGCCAACAUGCUAGCCUUAUGGGUCCUGAUAGCCAAAACCAAAAAGAUGCCUUCCACCUCCUUCCUCAUCAACCUGUCAGUUGCAGACCUUCUACUGAUCCUGGUCUUGCCAUUCAAGAUCUUCUACCACUUCAGUGGCAAUGACUGGGUUUUUGGGGAGAUCUUGUGCAGACUUAUGACCACUUUCUUCUACGGCAACAUGUAUUGCUCCAUCCUUUGCCUCAUGUUCAUCAGCAUUGACAGGUAUAUUGCCCUGGUCCAUCCGUUUUCAGCCAAAACCUUACGAAGCAAGAAAAUGGCUUCCUACCUCUGCGUUGGGGUUUGGUUUUUAGUGAUAGGCGCCAUGUUGCCGUUAGGUUUAACCCAACAAUCCUACAGCUUUAAAGAACCCAACAUCACCACGUGCCAUGAUGCUCUGCUCAAGGAAAAACAAGCAAAUUUCUUCUUCCCUUACUUUGCGAGCCUCUUUGCCGUCGGAUUUGUUGCCCCCUUUUGCCUCAUUGUGUUCUGCAAUUGCGCUGUCCUGCGAGCUCUCAUCCUGAGCGAGAAGCGAUAUGUCCAUGCAGCCAAAAUCACUGCUUUGGUUCUAUUGGUCUUUGUGGUGUGCUUUGCUCCCAGCAACAUCAUCCUGAUUCUCCACUACUCUGAAUUCCAAAUGGUACAGAAGCACAGUGACCUGUACCUCCCUUACAUGAUCAGCCUGGCUCUCAGCACUUUCAACAGCUGCAUUGACCCUUUCAUUUAUUAUUACAUAUCUGAGGAUUUCAGAGCCAAGGCUGGAAGCACAGUGAGAUGCUGUAGAAAGAAGACCUCUUACAGAUUAGGGACCAGUUCCAGGAAAACUGAAACUGGCUCUUUAUCACAGCCAUCAACGUUCAAAGUAACUGUGUAGUCUUCUGUGGAUAGAUAAUGAUGUAUUCGAUUGUACAAUUCCAAUACUUAUGUAAGCUGUAACAAAACAUAAACACAAGAAGGCCUUUUAUAAACCUAAUCUGGCCCUGACUUAAAUUUGUAUUGUGAAUUGUAAUAUAAAAACUGGUUGAUUGAUAACUUCCAAGUGCUAUAUAAUAUACAACAUGUUACUUGUAUUAAUCUUCUAUAAGCAUGUAUAAUACGUAGUGUUGGAGAGUAAUGCAAUACUGUAAUCUGAUUACAUGUUUCAUUAACUUGUAAUUGUAAUGGUUUCUUUUUCAGACGGGUAUGUAAUUACAGUACAUAAAAUAAAACUAAGGCUAAUGCAUAACAUAGAAAUAAUAAAAAGAUUCACCUUACUAGAAAAUGCUGCCAGAGGAUAUAACUAUGAUGUUGGUUUCAUCGACAGUUUUAAAUGUCUGCAGAAGGAUUUGGGUAAGAUAGCUGUAUAAAUGUAUUUUUAUUGUGUUGCAUUUUUGUAAUUUCUGUUUCUUGCUGAAAAACCUCAAAGACUUUUGUUUUUAGCAAAUUAACUUAAAUAAAUCUUCACAAUAUAUAGUUUUUUUUAAAAAAAGAUGUUUAAUGCUGGCAAUUUAUAUGAUGUAUAUGAUAGCAUUAAUGUUGAAUUUAGAGCUGUGGCAUGCUUGGUAGCACAAGUAACAUGACUACCCCUUUGCUGUAGUUCAAACUCCCUCUAUUUUACUGCUUUAUGGUUGAUGGUUAUAGUGUUUUAUGGAUGUUAUUUGUAUGGCAUGUAACAUACUUUUAAUGGUGUACACAGUGCUGCUGCUUGUCAUGAUGUAAUUAGAACAAUGUAAUAAAGCUGCUUAUAAAAACAUGUGGAAUUUACCAUGAAUUUCAGAUUGUUACUUCGCUAGAGUUUAGUAAGGCAACUCUAUUUAAUUUCAUUACAUUUGCAUGUAAAGCCUUGAAUCUUCUGGAAAGUUUUUUCUUGCCAUUAAACUUGAAACUUAUGAGUUAUUUUAAAGACUGUUUACUUCGGUAAUGAUUUAUUACAUAAUGUGUAUCCAUGGAACAUCUCUG